AUGGAAGGAAAUCUAGUCGAUCGAAUCAGCAUGUUAGACAACAACACUCUCAAUCACAUUCAUUCACUUACAGACACUAAAUCAGCAGUUCGAACAUCUGCGUUGUCAAAGAAAUGGGUGGGUUUAUGGAAGGAUCAGCACAAGUUAGAGUUCUAUUCAAGCAUGUUUCCUACUGAUUUGUCGUUCUUUGCGUUCGUGAACAAGGUGCUUCAAGAUCGAAACUCAGCUAUAAAGAUCGACAGCAUUAAGGUUGUUUACAACGGCGGCUCAGCCUCAUUUCCUGAUCAAGUUUCUAACUGGUUACAUGCUGCUAGUGAAGCAGAAGCAGCAGAGAUAAUAAUAAGUAGCAGACAGGAGAGAGACUGCGUCGUUCCUGUGCAAGUUUUCUCCAAUCCAAGAUUGAAGUAUUUGGAUCUGGAUUUACACUGCAGAAUUAGUAUUCCAACUCCAGAUCAGCUUGAUCUACCAGAAGUGACGCAUGUGAAGAUAAGAAACACAAACUUCGAUCAGCCAGAUCUGGGUCUAGAUCUGACAUCAAACUCUCCCAAAUUGGAAUAUCUGGAUUUUGGUCAUAUUCAAACUCGUGGUGACGGCAUCAACAUCACAGUUAUAUCCCAGUCUCUCAGAGAUUUAAAAGUGAAAAUCAGAUAUGGUGUUGGAGAUCUUUACCGUCCAAGUAUGAUGAAUGUUCAUGCUCCUGCAAUGUCAUCUCUGGUCUCCUACUGUGUAGACAAACUCGUGCUUCAAGAUGUCUCGGCCUUGCAGAGUGCCGAUGUAGCUGUAAUAAAGCCAAAUCUUCCGGUAGCCAAGCAUAACUUACAAUUUCUACAACAAAUGGUUGGGGUUAAGGAUAUGAGGAUCUCCUUCUUUCCCACUUCUCAGUUGCAGGACCCACAUUUGGAGGCGGAUGACUUGGUUAUUCCAGAUUUUGGAGCAAUGUCAAACCUGAAAUAUGUGGUGAUUGAGAACCUACAUGGGCGGGCCUCUGAAAUUGCUUUUAUCAAGUUUUUGGUUGGGAAUGUCUUUGUCUUGGAGAACAUAUGUCUGAAAUAUGCACCAGCUGCUGCUAGAGUUGGAAUUGAGACUAUUCAUUCCUUUCACCGGGAUUUGAAGCAUAUCCGCCAACAGAGACCUUUAUCUUUUCCCACCCAGUUCACCUUUUCCAACAUCUAG